AUGACCUUUAGGCAGGGGAGCCUGGACAGUGAGAUUCGUGAUCUUGCUGAGCGGGUUCGGGUGCUAGAGCUUGAAAACCGGGAUCUGCGUGGGCGAGUGGAUCGUCUUGAACGUGGUGCUGGAGCUCAGGCAGCUACGUCCUCGACUCCUCCUACGGCGACUUCAGCUUUUGUGCCUCCAGCCCGGACUGAGGCAGCUGCUCCGCAAACCUCCACCGCUUCUUCGGCACCGGCGGGGCCAACUUUGCCGCGCCGAUCGCUCGAGUUGAGCGAUACGAGGCGCGAGGCGGCGGUGAGUGUUGGGCACUUCUUUCGGCGUUGCCUUCAGGGGCAGCCUCGUGGCCUUUCCGGGAGAGAGAGGGUGGACCUGGCUAGCAGGGUCUACGUUCUGGUCCGCGACUUUGAGGACAAGAUCUACGACCCAGUCCGAGUCUUCAAUCGCUGGGGAGACAUCAAGCCUUUGGUCUCCCGAUCGGGCAAUCAGCUUGGUGACUCUGUCUUUGCGGGCUUCCCGACCGUUCAGGCUGGGGACACUGGGGGAGAGCUCGAGCCUUCGGGCCUGGCCGAGCUCUUUGUUGUGCAGAGCGCAGGCCCUGACUUCAACUACCCUUUGGUUGUGGCUCGCCGUCGAGCCGAAGAGGGAGAGCCUGAGUGGAUCGCUGGGGCCUUGAUUGGCGAAAGUGACGGUGGAGCCGUCGUAGCUGCUUUUCCUGGAGCCGCUUGGAACCGCCAGGCUGGACGCCGGCGCCUGCCGACAGGUGCCCUCCAAUACCCGAAGUCCUACCAGGUUGCUGUGGUGGGGCCAGAGAAUCGCGAGGAGAAAGUUGAGGACGUCGCAGCAAAGGUGUGGAUUUUUAAGCUGGCCUCUGAUUGGCCUUUGUUUUUGGAGCUCCGAGCUGCCGGUGACGGCGACUACGAGAUAUCCAUCCCCUUUGGCAAGGCGGUUGCUGAGGAGCGCUACGCUUUCCAUAGUGCAGUGGACGCUCCGACUCCGGCCCCUUCUGAGGCCCCUGAGCUGGAGCCAGUUGGAGCCACUUUGUCUUCGAGGGUGUUAAAUCUGGAAUCAUGCUUGGGCUCCGUGAAGGCGAGCUUGGACGACAUAGCCGCGCGCCUGCCACCGCGUCAGCCUGCGGAUGGAGUCACCUCGAGCCAGACAAGGCCAUCCGCCAUUCGGGCCCCAAGACGAGGAGUCGAGACUGAGCGAGGCGAGAGUUAUGUGGGCUUGGACCCUGCAGUUGUGCAAGCCGCCCGGACUGCCGGGAUCCCGGAGGCCCACUUGAAGGAGAUGGCCAACCUCGUGGGGAAGAACAAGCCAAAGCUCAGCGAACGCAGCAAGGAUGUUCAACUUCCUCCUCCGCCUCGACGAGACCUGAUCCUCGACGAGACCGACCAGGAGGAAGACGAAGUCGAGCCCCCAUCCGGCGCCGGCAUGGACCAGCUGACGGUGGCGAUUUCGAAGCUGACCGCCAUUGCUGCCGACCUAGCAAAGGCCAAGAAGAAGCCGACAACUCUCGACCAGAUCCUCGACGGGUCUGGGUCGGCCGAAUCUUCAAGCACUACAAGCGCUACGAAGAAGAAUGUGGCCGUCGUCAGAGCCUUGAGGGCGGCUUUACACGAAAGGCCGCGCGAGUUGUCGGACAACAUCCUGGCAAAGAUGGCCGAAGAUUAUGGCUUGCGCCGCGCUGUGCCUGGUGGCAUCAUCGACAGCCUCCAGACCAAGAAGGAGGACGAGGCCCUAGCUCGAGCGCUUGUGGGGUUAGCCGCCAUAGAGCAGCUGAGUUUGGACCGUGGCAGCUGGACCAUUGCAGAGCCAAUGCUUCUCGAGGAGCCGGCCCCCAUGGCGAGCUUCACCGGCCGUCAGCUUCCAACCGGCAGCGAGCUUCCGUUCACGAGGUUGUUCGACAGCAGGGCCGUAGACGCCUUGGUGGGCCAAGUCAAGGACAUCGACGACUACUUGGAGCGUCGAAAGAAGCUUGGCAAGAGGGGCUCGAGUUCGGGCAACACUGCCAAGGAGGAGGCAGACGAAGGGGAGAAGCCGAAGCCUCAGGGCGGUGGAAAAGGCAAGGGCAAGGCGAAGGCCAAGGCCUCCGCCGACAAGUUGGGCUCCCCCCGCGAUGGGUCGCCUUUGACUGACCCUCAAUCCCUUAGUGCCGGCAACCGUGCCGUGCGU